AUGCCGACCUCGCAACCGCCGCUGAACAGUCUGGCGACAAGAUGGAGAGCGUGCAAAGGACAUGUACCACCGCCCCUCGUCGGCGCUUCUGUCACCGUCGUAGACAGCGAUCGCUUCGAUGGCCCCUCAUCAUCACGCCCUUCUGCGGGCAAGAUCUAUCUCUUCGGCGGCCGCCUCGUCUCAACUCGGCGCAUGGUCAACGAGCUCUACGCUCUGGACCUCGCCACUUUACACUGGGAGAAGAUCGAUUUGGACGAGUCAGACGUCCGACCUCCACCACGCUACUUCCACUCAUGCGAGGUAUGGCGUGGAAAGCUCAUCGUCUUUGGCGGCAUGGGAUAUCAGACAAUUCACGCCACACCCUUGGAGGAUCCUGCGGCUGCGACGUCGCCAAAUAGUCCAGCAAAGCCUGGAAGCAAGAGCGAGGCCCUUUGCGUUCUCAGUGAGGUAGUGGCUUUUGACCUCGAAACAAGGAAGUGGGAGCUCGACUAUGUGCCGCCGAGCACUGAGGGCGGGCCUGCGCCUCGCUAUGCUCAUCUAUCGUCCAUAUGCGGUGACUCCUUGGUUGUCAUUGGGGGCCAGGACGUGGCGAACCAGUACGUGGACCAGAUCAACGUGUUAGAUUUGAGCAAGAGGAGUUGGACAGGAUCGACGACGUUCCAGCGCCAAUGCGGGAGCUACCGCUCUCUGGCAGUCUCGUCGCCUUGGAUCGUCGAGAGCGGGUCAAAGUCACAAGACUUAGUGGAGAUUCUGGCUGGGAGGAGAACAGGCUCGACGACGCCGGUCACCUCGGUGGCUCAGGGAAGGCCACGAGCUGGGACGCAUAGCUCGAGCACGACAGCUGGGUCCAGCCUCAACGCUGUGACUCCCUCGUCCCUAUCCGGCUCAGCGUCCAACCUCAGCGGCCUGGCCGAAUCUGAUACGAAUGCAACAUCCCCCGGCGCAGCUUCAAUAGGCGGCGCCGCAAGUAGCAAGGAAGAAGGGCAAAGUCGCAGUCCAUUGACAGGGCUGCAGCCUCUCUCGAUGAGUCGUGCAGCAGAUGUCCAUUCGUCGGGCAUCUACAUCUACUCCAACUACAACUUCACUGAUGUCAAGAGGGAGCUCGAGGUCGCGUCGCUAGCUGACGAGGGCGCGGUGGUCGAGCUUGAGGAUCGCUCCUCGCACAUGGCGGGCGCGACGCUACCGCCCGGCCUUCGUUUCCCUACGGGAGUCGUCGUGGGCGAUCAUCUCCUCAUCUCCGGUACAUACUUGGCCAAUACGGCGCAGAAUUUCAGCAUCUGGUCGCUUUACCUCCCCAAGCUGGCAUGGGCUCGUCUUGACGUCGGGCCUCUGCUGCAGUCUGGCUCGUGGAAUCGUGCAGUGCAUUGGGGUGCGCGAAACCAGCUGCUGAUCCUGGGCAAUCGCGAUCGUGACCUCGUGGCCGACUACAACCAUCGCCAGACCAAUUGGGAUCACGUUCUCGUGCUCGACUUGGAGGCAUGGGGCAUUUCGCAACCUCCGCCGAGACCAAUGAGCAACGAGGCGAUGGAGAUGGGGCUCAGAAAGCUGGAGGCCAGCGUUGCGUCCUCCUCUGCAGCUACUGCGCUCGCCAAGCAAGGGUCGCGCCAACAGUACAAUACCUCGCGGACGACCUCGAUCCUCGACUCCAAGUCUUGGCUGGCGUCACGCAAUGACGGCCCUCACGCCCCACUCCUACCUACCGCCUUUGGUAGCGGAGGCGACUUUGAGAUCGUUUGCUCCGACGGCGUGCGAUUAGGCUGUGAUCGAGCAGUACUUGAGGCUCGUUGGCCGUGGUUUCGAGCGAGGAUGAAGCGCUUUCAGAAGCAAGCCAAAGCUGCAGCCGAGCUGGUCAUGGCGCAGCGGCCCGCAGACGGCGAGGGCGACGAUGCGGUCGAGCAUCGCACACGAUACGUCAUUGCACGGUACAAUGCCUCCCUGGACGACGGUACUGCUCCACCUUCCCCAGCGCACUCACGCUCCGGCUCCAAUGGAACAGCUCUAUUUGGUCGUCCACCAGUGGCGGACCACUCCCAUCUCCCGCGGCAUCUUCACAUGUCCGAGGCUUCACCCGUCGUACUUGCUCUGCUGCAAUUCUUCUACACGCGCUCCAUCUCUACCCCACUUCAGCGUCAUCCCGCGGUAGUGGCAAGCUUGCUCAUCCUUGCAAAGCUUUAUGGAUUGGAAGACACCCUUGGUAUGUGGGCAAGGCAUGCCGCUUCAGUGUUGCUCAGCGAGGAUCUGCUACCGGAAGGAAUUGCUGCGAAUCACCUGGGAGUGGGUACGCCUAUGGCUAGUUCGCCUACAGAUACGCCCACUGGACGAGCGCUUAGCGUGAAGGCGGCGGCAGCUCUUUCACCGGAGGAAUGCCACCGGCUGGCGGUCGUCCUGUAUGAGGCGGCAGGGAUGGCCGGGUGUGAGCCCCUGCAACUGCGUGCCCUGCGCACCGUCGUCCUACUCAGCAAGCAUAUCCAGCGUAUACACUUUGGCGGCAGCGAGCCGGCAAGCACAUCAAGAAGACCCUCUGAGAUGAGCCGCAAUGCCACACACGAGGGGACCAUGAGUAUGACGCCUUCUUCCUCUGCUACUUCUCCCGUCACGCUGCGCGGCCAUAGGCCAACCUCCAUGGCUGUGAGCGGCGGGAUGCCCCAUUCGCCUAUGACGCCUAUUUCGCCGGCGUCCGAGAGCUACGACAGCGACAGGGGAGCGACGACGCACACAGGCAGCAAAGCAGAGAAGCUUCUAGGCAUAGGACCAGGCAAGAGCAACGAUCGACGAUUGGGCCCGAUGGCGGAAGAGGGGGUCAGAGGGAGCGGCUCGUUCCGCCGUCUCGCAUCUGGAAGCAGUAACGUUGCGGGAGCAGCGGCGCCUCCUAUUGCUGGCUCGAGUGGCUUCCUACGCCCAGACGGAGCAUCAACGACUGCCUCCACGGCGCCCAUGAUGCCAAGUGCAGGUCGAUCGAACACGGUUUCUCGCAAGCGAUUCAGCAUCUUCGGCCGCGGCGGUGGAGGUGGAAGCAGUAGCGGUGCUACCGGGGACAACGAGACGAAUGGCUCGCAAUCGGACGGCGGGACCAUUUCUCGAAUCGCGAGCGCAAGUAGCAACGGCGAUCGAGCACCGUCGCUGCAGCCGCCGCGCGAGCCAUCUCCCUCGUCAGCAACGCUCACGGCCAUGACACCGCACUCAGCCUCCUCCUUCUCUACUUCCUCGUCAUACGGAUCACGGACAGCUCCGCCUCUCGGUCAGCAGCUACACCAGCCGGUCGGAGCCGUAGGUCUCCCGCCACCGACGCUGAGCGCCAAAGAGCUCAAGCGUCUCGAGAAACUCGAGAAGAAGAGUGGGAAGAAGCAGGCCCUCGCGCCGACUAUCGAGUGGUCAGCCGACUCGCCUGUCAAUCACGAAGACGUGAGCAGCUCAGGAGGUGGUAGCAGCGGUGGAGGGGCAUCGCGAUAUGGAGUUGCCUCUGCGCCCAAAUUGCCGGCGACGGCGACGACGGCGACGAGUCCUGAUGCGCCCCCCUUCUUCUCAUUCUGA